UAUAAGAUUGGUUUUUAUUUACGGUCAAGCUUGGAAUCGGUUCUGUAUGUUAUUUGUAUAUGCAAUGUAUGAUGUGAUGGUGCCUAUGGUCAUCACAAUUUUCCUAGUGAUUACAAAUGAUAGAAUGGUAGUUCGUGCAACAGAAGAACACAGCGAAAGGGUAAGGAGAGACGAAACGUAUUCUUCAAAGUAUGACAACGUGGAUGUUGACGCCAUUCUUGCAAGUGAAAGACCGACAACGAAUUACCUUAAUUGUUUGUUAAACAAAGGACCUUGCACACCGGAAGGAAGUACUCUAAAAAACCAUCUUUCUGACGCCAUCGCAACCGAAUGUGAAAAAUGCUCCGCUGCGCAGAAGAAAAUAGCCGGCAAGAUUUUAUCCCAUUUUCUCUUGAAACGAAGAAAAGAUUUUGGGGUACUGCUAAACAAAUACGACGUCGCAGGGAAUUUCCGAAGGAAGUACUUGAUCGACGACGACAGCUCUAUAAGUUUCGACAAAGCUUUAACUAAAUAGUUA